AUGCCUGAUAUGCGCAGAGGCUUACCAGAUGAUGACCAAAAUAAAUUCAUUAGAGACAAAGGUCGAGACCAAAAAAGUUCACGGUCGGAGACUGUUGACAACUCACGCACCACACAAAUGGAAAACGACCGGGGAACUCGUUUAGAUUCUCGUAUAAUUGUUGAUGGUGAACGACGAGAACGAUCUGAAGAACGACGAGAAGGUGAAGCUCGUUUAGACUCCCGUUCAGAAUCUCGAAGAAUUGUUGAUGGUGAACGACGAGAACGAUCUGAAGAACGACGAGAACGUGAAGCUCGUUUAGACUCUCGAAGAAUUGUUGAUGGUGACCGACGAGAACAAUCUGAAGAACGACGAGAACGUGAAGCUCGUUUAGACUCUCGAAGAAUUGUUGAUGGUGAACGACGAGAACGAGCUGAAGAACGACGAGAAGGUGAAGCUCGUUUAGACUCCCGUUCAGAAUCUCGAAGAAUUGUUGAUGGUGAACGACGAGAACGAGCUGAAGAACGACGAGAAGGUGAAGCUCGUUUAGACUCCCGUUCAGAAUCUCGAAGAAUUGUUGAUGGUGAACGACGAGAACGAGCUGAAGAACGACGAGAAGGUGAAGCUCGUUUAGACUCCCGUUCAGAAUCUCGAAGAAUUGUUGAUGGUGAACGACGAGAACAAUCUGAAGAACGACGAGAACGUGAAGCUCGUUUAGACUCUCGAAGAAUUGUUGAUGGUGAACGACGAGAACAAUCUGAAGAACGACGAGAACGUGAAGCUCGUUUAGACUCUCGAAGAAUUGUUGAUGGUGAACGACGAGAACGAUCUGAAGAACGACGGGAAGGUGAAGCUCGUUUAGACUCUCGAAGAGUUGAUGGUGAACGACGAGAACGAUCUGAAGAAAGACGAGAAGGUGAAGCUCGUUUAGAUUCACGAUCAGAAACUGUUGACGACUCACGCUCCUGGCGGAUGGAAAACGACCGAGAGAAUCGAUUAGAACGGCAAAAUGGUAUGCAUAAGGAGGAUAUUCAAUUGUUCGAAAAACCUGAAAAAACAUCGUUCAACUCUUCAGCAUUCUCAUCGAUUGCUCAAGCACUACUUCUUGGCUUUAUCAUUUACAAGCUCUUAAAGGAAAACGAAACCAGUGGAAAUAUCAAAAGAAUGAAUUCUGUCAUUGGAGAAAUUUUGGGACACUUUGGAAUGAAAACUCAUUAAAUAUUAGACGAAAGAAACUUUGUAUCAUGAUCAAUGGCCGAUUCCGUAAUCUUAUAGCAUUCAAUGUCUACUUUUAAUGCAUCAUAGAAAAUUACUGCAGCAAAUCACUAUCAAAUUAAAAUAAUUAGAACAUUAUUCGAUGUCUAGUAAUAAUCUAUGUAGUCACAAAGAGUUCUCAUUAGGAUGAAUUCAAAUUAAUUCUACUCUUGAAUAUUUAUCAAAAGUUAUCAUUACGACUUAAAUGUGGCAAACUAAAUAUUUUGAAAAGAUUUCCAAUAUUGAAACUUUAUAAAUGAAUCUCAAGGAUCGAAGAAUGUUGUCCACGUGCUGUAACAGAACCAUAAUAGAUUUUAAGGGGGAAAUGUGAAGGGAAAUGGAAAUGAUUUCUAAUUUUUAAUCAUCAUCGUUUCAAACAUAAACUUAUUAAAAUAUUUAUUAAAUAAUCUUUAGAUUUGAUGUUGUGUCAAAGCAAAACUUUGAACUU